GUCUAGCUAACUGCUUUCUGAGUGUGCAGCCUGGCCAUUCCUUGCGCCAUGCAACAAGAUGGAAAAGCGGAUGCAGUGCAAGCUAUUGACAAUUGUCUGCGACAAAGGCUUCUUCGCAGCACCAAAGUCAUGUUCUUCUUCCACCGACAUGCCCGUCACAAGGACAAGUUGGGCCGGAGGUCAUUGGACUUGAGUGGAGCCAUCAGUAUGACAGCCGAUUUGGCCAGACACUUUGCAUUGCCUGAUGUAAUUUUCAGCAAUUUGCCAGAGACCUUUAGUAGCUUUGACUUCACUGGAAGUGGCAUGCUUUGCCUCGAAGAGACGAGAGUGAUGGUGAAGAAGACCCUGCUUCAAUGGCGCUGGGCCCUUUCCGGAGGGCCUGCGCAGCUGGAUGGUGAAUUUGUGACCAGCACACUGGAGGACGGAGGCUAUUCGGUUGUACGUGAGAUGGGUCGCGGCGGACAAGGCAUCAUGUACCUGGCGAGGAAAACCGAAGAGAGUUCUUCGUGGUUUGGGUAUUUGUCAAAUUGUGGCCAGUCUCAAGUACGCGCCACAUAUUGCAUAAAGUUCUACAGCAAGAAGAAUGCAAAUGCUGGAGGCUUGCAAGAAAUACUGGAAGAAUUUCACCGCAUGAAAGAGUUCGACAAUGUCCAUGUGGCAAGGACGUUUGAAGCCUUCCACGAUCAAGAUUUCGUUUACUUGGUGAAUGAACCGUAUUUUGGAGGCGAUUUCACCAAGCUGGCAAAGAGAGCCUACGACAAAGGAGUUGAGAUGCGAGAAAGCUGGUGGCGUGAUAUUUUUCGCCAAUGCUUGGAAGGUUUGGAAUAUCUGCAUCGGGAGGCCCAGAUGCACUGUGACAUUAAGGAGCCAAACCUGAUGAUACGCCACGAUGAUGACUUCACAAAACCGGAGGUUGUCCUCAUAGAUUUUGGCCUGGCGCAGAAUAUCUCCGUGAAGGUGACCGGCCUCAGCGGAACGCCAGGCUACAUUCCGCCAGAAACUUGGCGAAAGCAGCGGUGGCAGCCCCAGGGAGAUAUCUUCAGUCUUGGAGUGGUCUUCUUCCAGUUGAUGUCUGCUCGGGUGCCGAGAAGUGGCCUCGACAAAGUGCAGGGCAUCUUCCAGGAAGGCGCCAAGAAUGUGCAAGACGUUGGCCAACUAACUGUAACAUGCCAGCCACCGUGGAAGCUCUUUCCUACCCACUUGCGCUUAUUGACCGAGUUGGUCUCCGCCAUGCUGCGGAAGGACCCCGAGCAGCGUCCACGCGCCCUUCAAGCUUUGCAAUAUGGUUGGUUCUUCUCGACCUCAGAUCAAGAAUUGCCCAAGGACACGCUUGGCUCCUUGAUCAGUGGCUCGGCGAAAGCCUUCUUCAAAGGUGAGCUGAUCAACGAGCUCCUUGAGUGCUGCAACUUGCGCGAGCUGCGCAAAUUGAAGGCAGCCCUCGAUGCGGAAGCUUCGCGGAGAUUCUCCAACCAGGUUAGGGUCAUCACUUUCAGGAGCCUCAUGGCUGAUGCCGGGGUGCAAGCCUCAUUGGUAGAGGACUACAUUCGCUCGGACCAGGGGUCCGAGGACCUCAUCGGCCACGAUGAUUUGCUGAGUGAAGCAGUUCAGGAGAAGGAACUUCGAAACCUGCAAGCGGCGACGAACCUGUUCAAUGAGAUGGACCACCUGCGAAGAGGCUACCUACCCCUCUCCGACAUCAAAGCCAUGUUGCGCAGUGACGCGUUUGAACGGACAGAUUCUGUGGCCAUCCAUUCCCUCUUGGAGAAGCUCAGAGUCAAGGAUGGCUAUGUGAGCCUGGCUGAGUUCCAACGUGUGAUGCUGGAGGAUGGGUGCAUCGCUCCCAAAAAUCUGGCUGACCAGGGCCAAAGGCCAAGGCGAAGAGACGCGCAGAGCACCUGUUUCUGGACGGACGCCUGGUUUGAUGCCGAUGACUCUUCGUCCGACGAGUCCGGAUGAGCUGACGGCACGAGUGGCAUGGACGUGAGAUUACAUUCAGAGAGAGGCUGCCUUUGUCAUGGCCACAGCGAAAGGUGAAGCUGCGUUGCCAAAGCUGCGAUGAACAUCCGCCAGACGCAGCCAAAAAGCUCCGUAUUGCUUGAUGUUUGCCUUCUAGCGGUGCAGUUUCCGUGUGGGUUUGAUGUGCUUGGCUGCUUUUCCAUGUG